GGCAAAAAUGCCAAUUUUUUAAAAAUGUUUUAUUUAUCUGUUAUCAUCGAAAAAUAUUUAAGAAACUUAUAUUGCAUAUUUUUUAAUUGAAAUACGAAAAAAAAAUUUUGCUGUACAAUUACUAGUACAUAGGCCUUUAACCAAGCGUUUUUUAGUUAGUAUUGAUUAAUUCGUAUGACGUGGAAGCAAGCAAUUUUAUAGGUUAUAUUUAUAUUAUCCUUUUUCAGUUUUGUUUAAAUAUUAUAAAAAAUAAUGUUUUCAAUAACCGAUACACAAAAAAUUGGAGUUGGCCUGGCAGGCUUUGGAAUCUUUUUCCUAUUCCUUGGGAUGCUCUUACUUUUUGAUAAAAGUUUGUUAGCGCUAGGAAAUAUCUUAUUUAUUGCUGGAUUAGUGGCAGUAAUUGGCAGACAAAGGACAUUUAACUUUUUCUUCCAGAAGCACAGGCUAAAAGGGAGUGUGGCAUUUUUUGGGGGAAUUUUGGUUGUUUUAUGGGGGUGGCCCAUUGUGGGAAUGGUUUUGGAAGCAUACGGAUUUUUCUUACUAUUUAGUGGUUUUCUACCAGCAGCAGUCAACUUUCUAAGAUCUGUACCUCUCAUAGGAACAUUUUUAAAUAUGCCAGGAGUAAGCAAAGUAGUUGACAAACUGGCUGGAGAAUCGAGAACAACUGUCUAAUUGAACUAUCAGCAGGUACUGAAGUUUCCCAGGUUCGUUUUACUUUUGAAUUCAAAUGUAUACAAUUAAGCCUUUGUUACUAAUUAACAUAUUGUGGCCAAACAUUUCAAUAUUUCUUAAAAUUAACUUUUAAAUCAAUGAAAUGUUUAUUAUUAAGCAAAUCCCAAAAAUGUAAUUUCUUUUUGUUACAGCCAGUGGAAUCUAUACACUUGUUACUUAAUUAAUAUAAAUGGACAAGAUUAAUUAUUAUUAGAGUAAGGGCGACAAAUAUGGAAUACUUUUUUUAAAACUGCAAAAUUAUAAGAACGUUUUAAUUUUUUUAACACAAACAUAUUAAAAGUAAUUAAAAAACAUGUUAUAUUAAGCUAUUAUAACUUGUAUUUGUAAAAAAUAAAAACGUUUCAAAAAUCGUAAAAAAAACUAAAAUAUUAAUAUUUCCCCUUUUUAAAAAUAGGGUCCCAAAUAUGGAAUACUUAGAAAAAUAAACUAAAUACUAAAUCUAUUGGCAGAAAUCGCAAAUAUAAAUGCCAGAUACAUAUGAGGUACAUUGCAAAUGACACCAUGAGUUGCAGUAUUUGUACUGUAUCCACUGUUUCUCGGAUUUUUUGCUUUCGCCAGUACAUAAUGAAUCAUCUGAGUUGUCAUCUGCCACAAAGUCUUCUUCAGAAGAGCUACUUGAUUUUUCUGAACUGUAUCCCAAAUUUUUUGUCCGACGCUUAGCUUGACUUCUUGAUGAGAUGGCUGUUGACGUGCUGGGAGUAUCGGAAUCAGUCAAGCUUGUUUUACUCUGCCCAAUUUGUUUUUUUAACUUGAAGUUUUGUUGUAGUUGAAAUAGAUGCUUUUGCGGACGAUUCGAAUUCUGUUUUGUAAGGUGACGCGGUUAUUACGGCAGCUUUCCCUGCUUUUCGUCCUUGGUUGCUGGUUUUUUUACAAAUGAUUGGGACAGGCGAGACCAUCUCAGGAGUUACAAUAUUUGUUGGUGGCGUCGGAUUUUCAGUAUCUUGAGGUACUGGAAGAGGAACAACAGCAUCAAAUUCAUUUUUUUCGAUAGUUUCGGAGGCAAGAAAGUUAGAUUCACGAAAGACAUUUAGAUUAAGGGGAAAAAUUCCGGUGGCUUUAAAACCAUUAACAGCAAUCUCACCACGCUGAACUAUUAAAUAAGCCUUGCCGAAAAUUUCCAUCAGAUCAAAUGCAGCUACUGGUCUGGCAUUUUGUCGUACCCACGUUCUUAUCUCCUCACUGUAAUGAGCUUUGAAUGGUUCUAUAAAAGAUUUGUCAAGGGGCUGAAGUUUAUGUGUUGAAUGUGGCGGUAAGCACACAAUCGUAACAUUAUUUUCUCUGGCCAUAUUAAUGACAUCAAUAUUGCGAGUAUGCGAGUUAUGACCGUCUAAUACGAGCAUAACUGGAGAUUCAAGUGUAGGCUUUACUGUCACUACAAAGUGUUAAGUUUUUUCUGGGGAAUAUAACUAAGGGUGGAACAAAAUUGAGGGGUUUCUGGGGAAAAAAAAAGUCAAAAAAGAAAAAAUGUGGCAAAUUAGCAAAAACUGAUUUUGUUGCUUAUUCGGCUGUGAGACCCAGUUUUUUAGUUUUAAGUCUAUGUAAGAAGGCAUCUUAUAUAUUUUAAGGUGUAUUUCAAGAAAAAAAUCGGAUUUGUGAAUAAAAUAAAAUACAAAAAAGUCGUGACAAAUGUUGUUUUUCGGGAAUUUUGUAGAAAGAAGCUUGUAAAACAAGAAUUAUUUUCAGGUUUUUUAAAAUACUUUGAUAAAUUUAGUAGAUGCUUAAUUUUGGAUUGUUUUAGUGUUACUGAUUCCUUGUAGUUUUGCGUCAAACGAAGUUCUCUUGGCAAGGAUUUGUUAUUUCGUAUGUAACUACGUUCCCACUCUCCAGAAUAACUUUGUCUUGCUAGUACAUAUCCCGGUUCAUUUCUGUCAUACUUAAGCAUUUUUGCUGUUUUAAUUUUUACCGGUGGUUUUGGGUUUUUUAGAAAGUAUGGACAAAUAUUGCUUGAUACAUCAAAUAUCAUGUUUGAGUCUACGUUAACAAGUUCAUAUGGGGAUGGUUUUUCUCGUGCUUCCUUUAUAAUCUUGUCCCAUUCUAAAGGUACUUCAACUGUUGCAGUUUUCUUGUGUUUUUGUCAAUGAGAGAAAAAUCUCUAUCAUUUAAUAAAAAAGAAUGUCCUCUAACUGGAAAUAUGUGGAUAAUACUUUCGAACAUCUGCAAACAGUGAACUAACACAUACAAAAAACGCAUAAGAACAUAAUUUUUAUUUUGCCCAGCACACCCAUCGCUGAGCAAUAUUAAUUUUUUUGUGGUAACUUCAUGGCUUUUUAAAAAGUGAAAAAGUAGAGAAGCGACAUCAUUUUGUCCUUUUUUCGCAACACUUUCGUCAUAGCAGUACAUUGUUGCAUUAUCAUUUCCCUCAUUAUGUAUUCCAAAAACAUAGUACCACAUCUGAAUGGCGUAAAAAACUUCAUUUGUGCGAAUAUGGGGAACUGGUAAGUUCUGCAUAAAAUCGAAAGAUAUGCAACAAUCAUCGUCAAAUCGGGAAACUUAAACAUCAGAGAGCAGCAUUGAAACAUGUGGAACGCAACAGCGUUGCCAACUCAAUUUCAAUAAAAAGUGACUAAUGUUGUUUUUCCCAGAAACCCGUCAAUUGCCCCCUGCACUCAUACAAAAUACUACUGUAAUUAGUGAGCCUCGUUCUGUAAUUAGUAAGUCAUGCUACCAAUUUGUCGUUUACCUUUACGUGCAAUUACUUCUGGUAUUUUUGAAGGCACUAUAGAGAGACCACUCUCGUCAACGUUGAAAACGCGGUCUGCUGAAUAGUUUUGUUUUUCAUAUUCAUUCGUUAAGAUGUAAAAAAUGACUAAACGUUUUCUUUGGAAAAGCCCUUGGCUCUAGCGAAAGAUGUGCCUGUAGGUCUUCUAAAUGACAAUGUAUCUGAGUGCCGUCUCAUAAACAGCCUAAGCCAGCCUUUUCCAGCUGUUUCUUUGCCAAAAGGAUUUGGCAGAUUAUUUUUAACAGCAAGCUGAUAUGCCAUAUUCCUUAUGUCGUUUCUGGUUAAACCAAAAUACAUACUUACUUUCCAUAUAAAGAGGGUACCUUAUAAGUUCAUCUUCUAGUUCUUUUGUAAGCACUGUUGGUCGACCUAGUUUUGUUUCAGCAGAGAUAUCUGGAUCUUCGUUUUUCUGACAGUGUCUAAAAAGGGUUGUUCUGGGAACAUUGUAAGUUUUGGCUGCCUGCAGGUACCCCAUUUUCUGUUCCUUAACAGCACAAAUUGCUUGUAUCAUAUCAUUUUUUUCGUAACAUUUUCUUUUUCGAUUACCUUUUGACGCCAUACUGAAAUAAAAAAAAAUCACAUAGUUCUAUUUCAUCAUAUAAAAAUUGAGGUUUCUAACGCAGAGUACAAGCACAAGAUUUAAUAGGUUUACAAUGGCCUCUCUUCUGUUUAUUACUUUUUUUUUGCUUUUUUAGUUACAAUAAUUGUUAUUGAUAUAUUAUUUAGUAUAAAAGCAAAUUUAGAAAUGCUUUUAUAGCAACAAAAUAUCACUAUUUUAGUAUUCUUAAUGGGAUACUAAUAUGGAAUACUAUUCCAUCUUUCUGGCUCAAAAAAUUCCAUAUUAGUGACCCUCAUAACCUAAUCUUAUAAUAUUCUAAAAAAAUAUUUCUAUGUUAAAAAACAAACUUACCUAAAAACUAUUGUAAACUAUGAUGUUUGAACUGUCACAAAUGCACAACAGUUUGAAUAAAAAAUAAGUAUUUUAUCGCUAACACACGGAAACAGCAAGAUCUGCAAAAGUUUUAUGAUGCCGCAGAAAAAACGACUGUCUAUGGUGAGCUAACAAAUGGACCGAUCGAAAAAAAAACCUUAGAUGAAUGCACUUCAACACUUUCAACGUGCAAUUAAUAGAGGGCGCUUGCUACUUUUUCUGGUUUACAACUAUUUCAUAUUACUGACCUAUUCCAUAUUUGUCGCCCUUACUCUACAUUAGACCUUGUUUUGAUAGUGACCAUUGUGUAUUUUAAGUUCAAAACUUCAAUUUUUAUAUAUAAAGGUAUAUAAUAAUUUAAUACAUUCCUGAUUUAUAUACCAUUUCUCUGUGAAAAUGUAAAAUUUCUUUUAAAAUUUAAUCCGUUUUUUCAUUGUAGUCUUUUUUAUUGAAUAUUAAAAUAUGAUAAAGAAAUGCCAUAUAUAUUAUCAAAAUUGGGAAAAAAAUAUUAAAGAAAUUAAACUAUAAGUAACUAGACUGUUACUAUGUAUUUUUUAUAUUUUAUUUUCUUUGUAAUUGUUUUCAAUUAAAUUCUUAUUUUUUA